AAAGAAUCGGGGAAAAAAUAUUGGAAUUGAAUCAAAUUAAUUAUGGAAAUUAUUGGCGACACCCAGCCCUAUAGGUGUAACCUCACACAUGUUAAAGCUGCCUUGGUCACAUCUUUGUUUGUAACCGAGCAAGAAUAGUUCAACGUGUCGAGAAAGUGUGGCGUACUUUGCUUGUAGAUCACUUCAAAUAAGGUAAUAUGUGUAACAGAAACAUCAAUUAAAUGGUUUACCUGAAGCUGGAGAAGAAUUUAUAGAUCAAGUUUUUCAUCUACAUUUGUCUCCUGGCCUUUCUGUAUGAGUAUUGACUACAUUGUAGGCCCCGCCUCUAAAAAAAUAAACCAAUUACACAACAGCACUGCUGGCAAUAGUCUUGUUUGUCAAGUUUACUGAUAACACAAGAGAUGUGGCUCAACAGAAGAACCAAAACUGAUAUAAUACAUUUAUAAAAAAUAUAUUUAAGAGCUGUUAAAAAAAAAAAAUUCUGACUGUUAUUGUUUAACCCUCUAACACCUGAUGGUGCUGGUGACCCUGAAAUAACACACACUCUUUGACAUACUGUAACUUAUCAACCAUAAACACGAUCAACAUAAUUAUGUAAGUUACAGAAAAGUUAGAACAUCAAUGCUGGAGCUAAAGGGUUAAUACCGAACCAGUGUGACAUGCCUGUUGAACAGUAAAAUAAACCUCAGAGGAUACAACUUUGCACACAGAAUUCAGCUUGACUCGAGUGCACCAACAGCCUAAUCUAAUCUUUGUAAGGUUUUACGGUUGAUUUUUCUAGAGUUUUGCUUUGUCAUGGUUUACAAAUCUCUAUACUCACUGUUAGUUAUUUAUUUGCUGUCCAUGAAAAACAUUUCCUUCUGUUUUUUAUCUGACAACCGCACAACAAAUUGUGCAGCAUUAGUUACAAAAAUGUUUCAAUUUUUGUUAAAAUAGAUUUUUUUGGAUUUUAUUUUUUUUACUCUAAUGUCAGAAGAUUAUCUAAUCACUUUAAUUACAAAUUUAGCAAAUUACUUUAACCUUUGUUCACUUUACAUGUUUGAAAACUACAAAUCUGUGGAUUUUUAUGGUACCUAUUAAGUCCAGAAAACUAUUUCCUCAGUGAGUGCUGCACAUGCUCAAGUGUUUCUUCUCAGGUAAUCAUUACGGGUAAUAAAAUGGGAGGUUAUAUCACCCCGGAGUGAUUUAAAUGACAGUCAGCCUCCCUAAGUUUGGGCCCAGACAGGCAACAUCAGUGCAGCAGGGGGCAGACAUGGAUCCACAGCUCAGCAGACCCACAUGGAGCAAGCAGAUAGAGUUCACCCUGGCCGGCAUCGGCUGUGCCGUGGGUCUGGGAAACGUGUGGAGGUUCCCUUACCUCUGCUACAGGAGCGGUGGAGGUGCCUUCCUGGUGCCGUACCUGCUCAUGCUGGUGGUGCUGGGGAUCCCUCUGCUCUACAUGGAGCUGACUGUGGGGCAGUACACCAGGAGAGGGCCCGUGCACGCUCUGGCAACUGUUUGCCCUCUGUUCAAAGGAGUGGGCAUAGCAUCAGUGGCCAUCGCAUUCAUCAUGUGCACCUACUAUAACGUCAUCAUCACCUGGGCCCUGUUUUAUCUUUUCCACUCCUUCCAAUCCCCGCUACCGUGGCAGAGCUGCAACAACACCUGGAACACGCCGAACUGCUCUGAUCACGCCACCAACAGCAGCUACACCUCCACAGCGAGCCAGGAGUUCUUCCAGUAUGAGAUGCUUGAGCAAACCAGUGGAGUAGAAGAAACUGGAACACUGCGCUGGCAGCUUUUCCUCAUCCUCAUCCUGGCCUGGAUCCUCAUUUACUUUUGCAUCUUCAAGGGGGUGAAAUCUACAGGGAAGGUGGUCUACUUCACUGCUCUGUUCCCGUACGUCAUCCUGAUCGCCCUGCUGAUCAAUAAUGUGCAGCUUCCUGGUGCAAUAGACGGGAUCAACUUCUUUAUUCUUCCAGAGUGGGACAAGCUGCGCUCUGUGGAGGUGUGGGUGAACGCAGCAGCUCAAAUCUUUAACUCCAUCGGCAUCGGCUUCGGCUCCCUCAUGGCCAUGUCCAGCUAUAACACCUUUAACAACAACGUUUUGAAGGACACUCUCACCAUAGCCAUCAUCAAUUCCGUCACCAGCAUCCUGGCCGGGUUCGUCAUUUUCUCUGCCUUUGGAUAUAUGUCUUACCUGCAGGGCAUUCCUGUCAACGAACUGGCUGUAGACGGUCCAGGAUUGGUUUUUGUUGUUUACCCACAAGCCUUUGCCAACAUGCCAGCGCCGCAGGUCUGGGCUGUGCUGUUCUUCUUCAUGCUGCUUUGUCUUGGACUCGACAGUGAGUUUGCGAUGGUCGAGGUGAUGGUCACCAGUCUCAUGGAUGAAUACUAUAAAAAACUGAUUGGCAUUUUCAAGCGGAAGGAACUCUUUGUUUUAGCGAUUUGUGCCAUGGCCUUCCUUCUGGGCAUACCUUGUGUCAUGCAGGUGGGAAUCUACGUCUUCCAGCUGAUGGAUCAUUACACUGCCAUCGUGUCCAUCAUGUUCCUCGCAUUAUUUGAGAUUAUUGCCACCUGUUGGCUCUACGGAGUGAAGCGGCUCUCUGAGAACCUCGUUGAGAUGACUGGAAGAGGAGCCAACAUCUUCUUCAGAGUGUGCUGGCUGGUCGUUGCCCCUGUGCUCGUCGCUGUCAUCCUGAUUUUCUCCAUCAUUCAGUUCAGACCAGCUCGCUAUGAGGACUACGUCUUCCCUCCGUGGGCUCAGGGGGUCGGCUGGGUGAUCGCUCUGGGCUCCAUCAUCUGGAUCCCUCUGGGUGCCAUCCACACCCUGUGGGUGCUCCCGGGCUCCCCCAUGCAGAAACUAAAGCUGUCCAUCACUCCGUACGCCCUGGAUGAGCAAUCCAAAAUGCCGUAUUAUGAGAGGGGGGGGACCGGCGGACAAGUCGUGGAAACCAUAAGUUCAAGCAUGAGGUCAACCGAGAAACCCACUGAGAAAUCCACUGAGACAAACUUCUAACACUUCAGUGUCACUUGGUUCAAUUUAACUGUGAAUCUAACAGACCCAAAAUUCUACACAAAUUUAACAAAAGUUUGUUACAAAAAUGGGGAGAAACAGAUGUUUGCAAUGUUUAGCAUGUAAAGGGGAAACUUUAAAGCAUCAAAUUUAGUGGAUCGUGUUGGUUUUUGUUUGUAUUUGUCUGGUGGCUUAAAGCAAUCAGAGUAUCCUAUCCUACAAAUGUUUUAUUAAUAUUUUCUUUUAAACUAAAUAAGCUCUCAACAUACAACCACUUAGAGUUUGUAAAGCUACUUAGGCAUGUGCCAAUACUUUUAGUAGCAUCUAUCAUUAUUUCCCUUCAUAGGAAAUAAAUGUAACCACACUUGAAAUGUGCAUCCAUAACCACUAAAGCUAAUGGGAUUUAAUGGCUACUAACGGUCACAUUUUGAGCCCAAGAUGUAUCAAAUUUGGCCCAAUAGCACCAACAUAUUUAUUAUCCCACCUCAAAUAAAUACAAUUAUUUUUCCUGUUGUACCUUAGAUCAGGGGUGUCCAAACUUUUUGAAGAGGGUGAAAUGUGGUGAGGUGAAAGUAUGUGAGGGCCAACCACGUUGAAUCCUUAUGAGAAACAUUACAUGCAAAUUAAUUCCACAAUGCAAUGGGAUACCUUUCAUUCCUUCACAUAAAACAGAAUUAUACCUAAAUGCAGUUUUACCAAAAUUACUGUGAAUUUCACAUUUGAUGACCAGAGAUAAAACAAAGAAAAAGUCUGAAAAUAAACUUUUAUCAACAGUAAACUCUAAAUAAAUAUAUAAAUAUAAACAUAAACUCUAAAUAUAAAUCAACAGGAAAUAACACAUGCAGUUAUCUUGGUCACCGCUGUGGUUUUAUAAAUAAAUGUUUUCCUUUCAUUUGGCCUUUAAGUCUCUGAAGGUUAAACAGGUUUCAAUAUGGCUUCCAACGUAGUUUAGCCAAUCACAAUCAAGUUUUUUGGACAUGCUUGCCUUAGAUGUUUAAAAAAUGCUUUGAAAAAGAAUUGCACACCCUUAGUUCAACUGAACGAUCUGGUGUUAACAAAGUUGAUACAUGGAUGAGUUAAGCAUUUAGCAAGUUCAAACUGUUGCAUUGUGAUUGACCUAUAGGUGGCACUGCAAUAUUAUUUAGUUUUUGAUCAACAAAUUUACAAAUUACAUUUAAAACGACCUCCUUAGUGAGUAUUUUAGGUCUUACAAAACGAGUUCUCUAGUGUGUGGUUACGUAUGUAAAGUUUUACACUUUUGGGUUUUUUGUUUAAAAAGUUAUGAUUAUCUAUUUAUUGAGAUUACUUGAAACGUUUGAUUUGUCACUGCCUACUUUCCCUUAUUUUCUGCCAUGUUGGAUUUUUUUCUUUUGUAAAACAGACUUUUGGCUCCUAUUAAACAUGCUUUAACCAAUCUUUA